AUGGACAAGGAAGCUGGUCAAAACAAUCAAAAUGCUGCUGCACCGCCUGCCGAACCACAAUUAACUGGAAAUAGUAAUGCGAAUAACCAAACAAAUGCCAAUAAUACGAAUACCGGCAAUAAUGCACAACAAAAGAAACCCAGGGCCGAUUUAAAUUCCUUACCCACGCGACAAUAUUUGGAUCAAACUGUGGCACCCAUUUUACUGCACGGUCUACAGACAUUGGCACGCGAACGGCCACCAGAUCCAAUUAGUUUCCUUGCCUCAUAUCUACUGAAGAAUAAAAAUCGCUGUGAAGAAGCUAUACCGGAAAAUGUAUAA